AUGAGAAAUGAAGCCAAACAAAGCAUGGGAAAUGAGAAUGUAACAUCAUGGACAGAGUUUCUUCUCGUGGGGCUCAUUCAUCACAGGACUCCCACCGUUUUCUUUGCCAUAGUUCUCUUUAUGGCUUCCAUUGCUCUGAUGGGGAACUGUCUCCUCCUGUUUCUAAUCCAAACUAACUCCACCCUUCACACCCCAAUGUACUUGUUCCUUAGUCAACUGGCCUGCAUGGAUAUGGGCCAAGUCCUCAUUGUGGUCCCGAAGAUGUCAGUGAACUUUUUAACCCAAAGAAACACCAUUUCACUCUCGGGGUGUGUGGCCCAGAUUUUUCUCACUCUGACUAUGGGGAGCUCAGAAUGCUUUGUCUUGGCCUCCAUGUCAUACGACAGGUACGUGGCCAUCUGUAGACCCUUACAAUACUCAGUCCUCAUGAGGAGAAAAAUCUGCCUUGCUCUGACAGUAGGAAUCUGGUCUUCAUCAGUGCUUCUGAUCAUGGUCAUAGCCUUUUAUGUACUGUUUCUGCCUUACUGUGGGUCCAAUGUGAUCGACCAUUUCGUCUGUGAGUUCCCAGCUCUGCUGAAAUUAUCUUGUGCUGACACUUCCGCCUUUGAAAAAAUGGUAUAUAUUGAUAAUGUAAUAAUACUUCUUCUCCCAAUCUCAGUCAUUGUUUCCUCUUACGUAGCCAUCCUUGUGCAAAUUUUGAGCAGGCGCUCAACUGAAGGCAGGCAAAAGGCCUUGGGGACCUGCUUGUCUCACUUGUGUGUGGUUGGCAUCUUCUACGGGGCAUCCAUGCUUACAUACUCAACUCCCGUACAUUCCUACUCUGCGGAGAGGUCUAUGAUUUACUCCGUGUGCAUCACUGUUGUCCCCCCAAUGCUGAACCCUUUUAUAUACAGCCUGAGGAAUCGGGAUGUUCUAGCUGCAGCCAGAAAGCUGUUUUUGAAUUGUACGUCUCAGAAAUAA